CGUGAGGAUGUGUAUUCAUAUGAAUAUGAAGAUGGCCCAGGUCCUGAUCUGAAAAACCUCGCGUUCGAUACCAAGAACAGGUCCAAAACCCCCUGGAAUAGUAGAAUCAUCGAUCUGCUACUUGGAGAAUUACGGAGAAGGGGCGAUGAAGAGAGGUGGCCAUUCGCCAGGUCAGAGGCGUAUUUCAGGAAAAUUCUUCGAGAUCGCUACAAGCGACUGCGUACGGUCUGGACGUGUGCCCAGCCUAAGGUCACGGCAAAGGGUGUGCUGGAAACUCCUGCGGAGGUAGAGGAGAGGUUAAUCGCGAAGAAGGACGAAUUAUUGAAGGUGACUCGUCAAACGACACGUCGCAGAAACACCGAUGAUAAAGAAGAGGACCUCCCAGCGUGGCAGUGGCUUCAGCAACUAGUGAAGACGUUGGGAGAAUGUGGUAUGAGUUCGGAAGAGAGCGAUUUGGAGAAUGAUAUUGAAACAGUCCUUCGGGUCAAGAACAUGGUAUGGCGUCGUGCGGUAGAACGCGAAUUGGAUAUCGUUGAUCACCAGAGGCUUGCGGAUGACGAUAUAUUC